GGUGAAAGGUUUCAGGGUUAAUCACUUUUUCAUUUCGCUUCCUCAAAGAAUCGGAAAGUGAACCGGAACCUCAAAAAAGUUCCAUGCCAAUGGCAUCCUGAAAUGAAACACAACAUAAAUAAACAUAAUACGUUGAUAAGCACGAUGCCAUCAAGUAGGUCUCACUAACAAAAGAUAUAAUCUCACAAUUUACCUCGAAGCAGUCAAACCAGUUGGCCACGAUGGAAGGAAAGCGAUUUGAAGACAUUGUCCGAAUGUUGAUCUAUGUUCAACUAUUCCUAACUUCAGUUUGCGUUGGUUCAUCGCCAUGCAUGCCUGAAACCGACCGUUUGGGGCGCUACACGGUCAUAGGCAGUGGCGGUAACACCUCGUCGGCGGGUAUUCCUAGUGGGUCUAGGGUUCAAGUCUCAGUAAGAUGCGAUUCGGGUGCUGUCGCACAACAAUUUGUGACGUCACAAUGCUCUAAUGGAACAUGGAUCCCUCCCUGGCCUCGAUGUGAAAAACCUUGUUCGGUACCAAGGAACAUAGGACAGGUUCGCCAGUUUGUGAAUGAUAAAAGAAUGACUAGCUACUAUAACCGUCCCGCCUUGCCCAAUGGCACCCAGAUAGUUGCUAGAUGUAGAGACCCUGGAAAGCAUAGACUGAUUGGCGAUCAAAGACGAACUUGUCAAGGAGGACAGUGGACCGGGGAAGAACCAAUAUGCCAACCUGUACAAACACAAGUCUUAUUCUACGGCGCAUCGCAUGAGGUUGCUAGUAAUGGGACAGUCGUGGUUCACGUGCAUCGUGGAAAUCCUUUGAAUCUUAAUGUACUCUGCAGACUCACAAGUCUAAGCUUAAGACCUCCUCGGCUGACAACCCCUCUCGUGAAUGACGGAGAGUUACCGCAAUGGCACAGGUUGAAUACUCAUAAAAUAGAGCUGAGUCCAAUGUCUACUGAUAUCUCUGGCAUGUAUACAUGCAGUGGGUCGUCAUCAUCUCACAGCGUACAUAUGCUGUUUAAAGAAUCUACUGAACCACCAAAGAAUAACGGAUCGUGUUUAAACAGCUGUUGUACGAGCUCUGAGUAUUCUUGUAACCCUGAGGGUUGCUACUGUGAUAGCUGGUGCGAGUGGAAUGACAACUGUUGCGAUGACUACGAAGACGUGUGUCCUAGCAUAGAUGGCGGUAUAGACGUGUUUCCAUCGAAUACAACUUACAAUAUGCGAGGGGGUGAACUCAUACGUGUUUCUUCUCCUAACUACCCUAAUAACUACAAUAAUCUCGAGAACCUUCUGUGGCAUGUCAAAAGUGUCCACGGGCGCCAGUUCGUCAUGACAUUCUGGAAUGUGAGACUGCACUCAAUCCGUGAUUACGUUCGCAUUAACACGGGGAUCUCAGAAGUAUUUGAAGAGAGUACGCAGAUAUUCUACUUGACGUAUAACUCUACUGAUGAUUUGCCGGAUCACUAUUGGUCAAUCCAUCCUAAUAUAUGGCUGCAGUUCUCCACCGAUGCGUUUGGUACUGACCGGGGUUUCUCCAUCUGGAUAGUGUCUACUUCAUUUGGAGAUUGUGAUGGGAGUCGGUUUCAGUGCACGAACGGACAAUGUAUUCACAGGUCUGCCGCAUGUGAUGGAUAUAGCGAAUGCGUAGAUUCAUCUGAUGAGUACUGCGCACCACGAAACGGAUCCUGUUCAAACAGCUGCUGUGUGAACUCCGAGUAUUCAUGUCAUCCCGAUGGUUGCUACUGUGACAGCAUGUGUAUUGAUAAUGGAAACUGUUGUGACGACUACUCCGAUGUAUGUCCCACCCCUGGGAAUGGAACUACACAGCAUCCAACACAGUUUACUACGCCCUCAUUGAUUCUCAAUAGUAAAAGGCUUUCAAUAUAUGUUCAUCUAGCCCUUACCCCUACUUCUCAUCUUUACAGUUGAUGUAAAAUAGCUGAGUAAUUUCAUGGGAGAAAAAAUGAAUAUAUU